UCAGGCAGUGUUUGAAGUCAGAUCUAGUUUGGGUCCUCGCGCUUCACUUUGCCGCGGUGCAUGCUGGGUCUUUCCUUUCCAUCCCGGGCUGCUCUCCGUCGUUAUGGGGAAGUGUCGAGGUCUGCGUACAGCCAGGAAGCUGCGGAACCACCGCCGCGAGCAAAAGUGGCACGAUAAGCAGUACAAGAAAGCCCACCUGGGCACAGCGCUGAAGGCCAACCCCUUUGGUGGAGCCUCGCAUGCCAAGGGCAUCGUUCUUGAGAAAGUCGGCGUGGAAGCCAAGCAGCCAAAUUCUGCUAUCAGGAAGUGUGUGAGAGUUCAGCUCAUCAAGAACGGCAAGAAGAUCACUGCCUUCGUCCCAAAUGACGGCUGCCUCAACUUCAUCGAGGAGAAUGACGAGGUUCUGGUGGCAGGUUUUGGGCGUAAAGGUCACGCUGUGGGUGACAUCCCUGGUGUGCGCUUCAAGGUGGUGAAGGUGGCCAACGUGUCCCUGCUGGCGCUCUACAAAGGCAAGAAGGAGAGACCGAGGUCAUAAGGAGUCACUGCAGAACUGAAAUAAACAUGUUCAAU